ACCCGUGCAAGAAACGGACCAACGCACCAUCCAUAUAAAAGCGCACCAGAGCAUUACUAGCUCCGCUGCAUCCCGUUCCAUGGUUCGCCAUUAAUGACGAUGAGCAAGCCGCACGCCGCGUGCUCCCUCUUGCUAGCCCUGCUCAUCGGCCUCACGCGCCCUUCGCCGUGCGCGUCCUCCCUGUACAACCCCCCGCCGCCGGACAUGGCGUACCACCACGGCGGCGUGCUCGACGGCACCGUGCCGGUCUCCGUGCUCUACUACGGCGCCUUCUCGCCGCACCACAAGGCCGUCCUCGCCGACUUCCUGCUCUCGCUCUCCCCGCGCUCGCGCCCCCACGCCUUCGGCGCUCCGGCGGCCGCGUCGUCGGCGUCGGUGGCUCAGUGGUGGGAGACCGUCGACCGGUACGUGCAGAGGACCGGCAGGGAGCGGACGCGGGUGAUGCUGACCAACCAGGUGUCCGACGAGGGGUGCUCGCUGGGGAAGCACCUGUCGCGGCUCCAGGUCGAGCAGCUGGCGGCGCGGCUCGGCGUCGCCCCCGGCGGCGUGGCCGUCGUGCUCACCGCCGCGGACGUAGCGGUCGACGGCUUCUGCGGGAGCUCCUGCGGGCUGCACGGCUCGCUGGCGCCCGGCGGCGCCGUGCACGUGUGGGUGGGCAACGCCGCCGUGCAGUGCCCGGGCCGGUGCGCGUGGCCGUUCCACGCCGCGGACCCUGCCGCGGCGGCGACGGCAGGGCCUGGGCGCCACAGGGGCGGGGAGACUCCGCUCCGUGCGCCCAACGGCGACGCCGGGGUGGACGGCAUGGUGAUCAACCUCGCGGCACUGCUGGCCGGCGCGGUGACCAACCCGUACGGGCACGGAUACUUCCAGGGCGACGCCGGCGCGCCGGUGGAGGUGGGCGGCGGGUGCCCGGGAGUGUACGGGCGCGGUGCGUACCCUGGCUACCCCGGCGCGGUGAAGCUUGACACGGCCACCGGCGGCGGAUACAACGUGGUGGGCAGGAACGGCAGGAGGUACCUCGUGCCGGCCCUGCUCGAUCCCGCCAACUACUCCUGCCUUAUCAUGGCCUGAUCCAAUCACAAACCAAGCCGUUUAAUUAACUUGUAUACUUAGGCCGCGAGUUUAUGCAUGAGACUUCAAAAGCUUUGCUUGAUAGUAGGCACCGAUCUAAUCGUCACGUCUAGCAGCUGCGUGAUGCACGUUCGUAAGCGACUCAUGUCAAAGCAGUGUAGCCCCUUAAAAAAGUUAUAUGCAUGGAUAUCAAUGCAGAGCAACGGUGUGAUCUAUACUCCUAA